AUGCCCAUCACAAUUCUGCGUCCGCAGCCCGCGGCGCAACAGCAACCUGCGGCAGCCGCAGACUCCGACUCCGACUCGUCAGAUUCAGAUGGAGGUGUUGAUGUGCAAGGCGAUGUGACCAUGCGCCGCGCGUCCAAGCGCCAACGAGGUCACGGCACCUACGUCCCUCAUGGAUCCACCUCCAUCACUUCCUCCCUCGCCGGCACGCUGACCAGGACCAACAAGCUCCUCUCCGUGCGGCCUUUGCGCGCGCGCUACACGCCCGAGAUUGGCGACCUGGUCGUGGGCCGCAUCGUCGAAGUGCAGGCCAAGCGGUGGCGCGUCGACGUUGCCGCGUCGCAGCUCGCCAUCCUGCAAAUCUCGGCCAUUAACCUGCCCGGCGGCAUCCUGCGCAAGCGCACCGAGACAGACGAGCUGCAGAUUCGCAGCUUCUUCUCCGAGGGCGACCUGGUCGUCGCCGAGGUGCAGCAGCUGCACCAGGACGGCGCGGCGAGCCUGCACACGCGCUCGCUCAAGUACGGCAAGCUGCGCAACGGCGUCUUUGCGAGCGUCAGCGGCACCGGCGGCGGCGCGGGCGUCGUGCGCGCCAAGCGCCAGGCGUGGACCAUGGAGCCCGUCGAGGGGGCCGGCGCCGCGCACAAGAUGGAUGUGCUGCUCGGCGUCAACGGUUAUAUAUGGAUCAGCCGCCACGUCGAGGGCGACGCGGCGGCCGAGGCGGCGGGCGUAAAUCGCAUGGAGGAGACGGUCAGCAGCAAGGUGUACUCGAGCCAAAACGAUCCGGUGGACGUGCCGACGAUGCGCGAGAUUGCGCGUGUGCGCAGCGUCAUCCUCGCGUUGGUGGAGAAUGGCCUGCGCGUGGAUGAGGACACGGUGACGAGGGGCUACCACGAGGCCGUGGAGCUGGGCAGAGAGACGCCGGAUGAUGACUUGUAUCUGGGUGGUGAGCGAGGGCGGCGGUUUGCGGCUGUCAUGGCUCGUGUAUAA